AUGGAUUCGAGCCUGGUCUCUGUCGCUCUCGGCUCGGCCCCGCGCCUACUGCUUGUAUUCGCAGUUGCUGUUCUUGUCUUCUACCUUGGCCUGGCCAUACGGAGGCUCUGGUUUCACCCCCUUGCAAAGUACCCCGGACCCCGUCUGGCUGCAAUCACCAAUGUUCCGUAUUCAAUAGACUAUCUGAGCGGGAGGCAGCCCUAUCGCCUCCUGAAGCUGCAUAAAAAAUACGGCCCCAUCGUCCGCAUUGCGCCGAACGAGCUGUCCUUCAGCACAGCGCAGUCAUGGAAAGACAUCUAUGGCCCACGCAAGGGACACCACCCCUUCGUCAAAGCCCCCUUCUACGAUGGAAACAUGUUCUCCGACAUGGCCCACUCCAUAGCAAGCGAAUGUGACCCUGCGAAACAUGCAGUGAUGCGGAAGUAUCUUGCCAACGCCUUUACUGAACGGUCCCUGCGAGAGCAGGAGGCCAUCAUCGGCGGGCACGUUGACGCCUUCAUCUCCAAAAUUGGAGAGCUGGGGUCAGCCAAGGAGGGCAUUGACCUCACUCGCUGGUUCCACUUGCUCACUUUGGACAUCAUCGGAGACUUGGCCUUCGGCCAAUCAUUCGGAGGCAUUGAAUCCGGAAAGACGAACAGCUGGAUUGAAGCCGUCAUUGGGAGCAUGGGGCAGUUUGAGUUGGCCGACACUUUCGGGCGUUUCCCUUGGGUUGGUAAGGCUUUGAUAACACUGAACCGGGGCGCCGUCGAUAAGCUUCUCGCUUCCGCAAGGGAGCACCAAGCGUACACUGUCGACCUUAUCAAGAAGAGGCUUGCACGCGAUACGGGCCGCAAAGACUUCAUCACCUGUCUUCUGGAGGGCGGCGAAGGGCAGAACCAGAUGUCUGAAAUUGAGUUGGCGGCUCAUUCUUCCGAUUUUGUCAUUGCUGGAAGUGAGACGACCGCUACAACGCUGGCGGUGGUGGUUUUCUACCUCUGCAAGGACCCAUCUCUCAUGGAAGAACUCCAACGAGAGGUCCGCAGCUCCUUUGAUAGCUACGAGUCUAUCAAUUCAACGAACACGGCUAGGCUGCGUUAUCUUCAUGCUGUCUGUCAAGAAGCCCUGCGGAUUUGUCCGCCAGUCCCACUCGGCCUUCCUAGAAUAGUGCCUCCGGGCGGGGACACGGUCGACGGGCAGUUCCUCCCUCAGGGUACUGUCGUUUCGACCCACCCCCUUGCAGCCACCCUGUCCGAGACCAACUUUGCCGAUCCAUGGAAGUUCGACCCGCAGAGGUGGCUCUCGCCAGAUAACCGAGAUUGCUUGGACGCCAGCCAGCCGUUUUCACUAGGCACGCGUGUCUGCAUAGGAAGAGCGCUCGGUCUCCUGGAGCUCCGCACCGUCUUGUCGAAGAUGCUUUUCAAGUAUAGCCUCAGCCUGGUAGAUCCAACUCUCAACUGGCACAAGGACGUGGAAAUGCACGUUCUCUGGAAAAAGCCGUCAAUGAGGGUCAAAGUUGAGCCGAUUUAA